AUGCUAGCUUCGCAUAAAAAGCACCUUCAUCUUGCCCCUGGUGAUGUUGUGAAUGGAAAAUAUGAAGUCAUUGAUGAAGUAGGGUGCGGCAAUUUCGCCAAGGUUUAUCGAUGUUAUGUCCUUCACAACUCUGGGAUACCCAAUUGCAGUAGUGCUAUAUUACCGUUCAAUCAGGGGUCUGCCUUCAUGUCUGGGCCCGACAAAUCCAAAAGCACAACAAACCAACACUACGAUAAUGGCAAUCUGUUACCAGAACGUACUGUAGUUGCUAUGAAAGUUAUCAAAAGGGAAGAUAAAAUAAGUGCUGUCUUCGAGCGACGAAUGCUACGGAUCCUGAACGAACGCGAUAAGAACAGAAAAGCUCGUGUAUCAAGGAUGUAUGAGUACUUUGAGUGGAAGAACUUUCCGGUAUUUAUCAUGCCUCUCCAUGGGUCGUCAUUGCGCUCGCUUUGGUUGGGCACCAGUCGUGUGUCUGUAAGUCGACUAAUGGUACUGGAAUUUGCUUAUGAUAUUUUAGAGACGCUUAGCUUUAUUCACUUUGAUUGCCGAAUGGUGCAUACAGAUUUAAAACCGGAGAACAUAUUACUUGAAGAUGCACACGCCUCUCAAUCAUCACGUAAGCACAAAUGGGUUAUUUGUGACUUCGGAAGCUCGUCCUUGUGGCGCAGAGACAGUCUCGACUCAGAUUUAAUCUCCACACGUCCGUAUCGCGCACCGGAGGUGAUCUUGGGAAAUAAGUGGCACUAUGCCGCGGAUAUGUGGAGUCUUGGCUGCAUCAUAUACGAAGUUGCCGUAGGGCAUCGCCUUUUUGAGGUUAACAACGAUAACACACACCUGCAGGUGAUGGAGAAGCGACUUGGGAAGCUUCCUGACUUGUUCACGCGGCGAUCACGAAACUCGAGCAAAUUUUUUACCUCCAAAGGGAAUUUUGCCCAUAUUUCUGAUUCCAUUCAAUCCAAACAGCGCCCGAUAGCCUCUAUUAAGGCAAUGUUUCAAAAGGACGUGACCUUCCUAGAGUUGCUCUCUUCGCUCCUCACCUACGACCCGUCCAAGCGCAUCACAGCCCCGUAUGCGCUUUGGCUGCCUGUCUUCGAUCCGAUACGAAACAAAAAGCAGAAGCCAACGACAGGAGGUACCAACAAGGCCUCGUACCACCAGCCAGCGGACGAUGCCGCGCGCGGCGCGGCCGACAGCUCGAAUCCGAUGCAUUCGACGCGUGGUGCAGAUGCAACCCACACCCCUCCAGACUCUCUGGCGGCCAGUGGUCCGUGCCUGAGCCAAAAUCCCAACGACCCCCCUCACGCAGGUAUGAGGCAACCGACGUCCACGCUCCCGCCUGAAGCUCACAACGUAAGUCGUGAAAGCAGAGGUCAAUUCUCGAUUGAGCGGAGUGGCGUGGUCGAAACGCAGCCUUCAAGCUUCGCCUCCACGCCAUGCGACGCGACACUAAAGCGACUAAACACUUCGACGGUUCAUUCGACGGGGUUGACAAGCUCCUGGAAGUCUGACGGGGAGCUAUACCGGCGAAACUCGUCUAUGGGAACAGUACCCUUCAUGUCAGGCGGAAACAUCUCCAUAGCAAAGCCGUCGCCAGGGGUUUGCAAGCAUACCACCACCUCAAUUGAACUAUCACCCGUGAAAUCUAAAACGAAGCGUGAUGUUAGAAAGGAGUCCGAGGCAAAAGGAGAGUCCUUGAUUGACUUGAAUUCAUGGGCUUCAAAAGUGGAAGACUUCUGUUCAAAAAGUAAAACUCAUUCGUUGAGUGCUUCUAAGGUAAAGGACCCUAGCAAUAGACGGCAGAAGCGUUCAAUUUCCAUUUGCGAUGCAAGGGAUAGCCCCAAGCGACAGCAACUCUCAGGGCAACCACAUGGGUGUAACUUAGCGAGUAACAUCACACACCGGGGAAAUUGCAGUAUCGCGCACAAUACUGAGACCCAAAGCCUGGCGGGCCAAAUCCAGGACAUUUCGAAUAAAAACACCACAACAAAUCAACAAGAAACACAAAUCCCACCAUCAUCACACCAGCUUGCCUCCGAGAAUGAGGGUAAGCAUUCAUUGUCGGGAUCUCUCAAGGAAGAUGGCCGCCGGUGCGCCUCGCAUUCCAAAAAAACUGCACAAAAUGCCUUGCGUUCCUUUUCAACUCCACCCCCUGAAAAUCUUCCCCGACCCUUCCCGGUGGCUCAUCCAACGGACUCUGCCCCUUCUAAGCCCAAAAUUGCGAGCGCGGCGUCUCACAAGACUCACGCCCGCGCGGCCACGUACAGCUCUGCUCACCUGUCUUCUCUGACUGCAUGCGAGGGGAAGGACUCUGCGAGCCCAUUCGACCUCAGCUCCAGAUGCGCCGGUGGCAAUUCUCACCCUCAGGAGGAGGGGAGGGUUAAACCUAGGAAGAUGCAGGGCGCCGCUGCAGCAGUGACCAACACCGGAGUUCCGCUCACCUCAGGCGUAUCAACAAAUAGAGGGCCACCAAAGUCAUCCACAGUAAUGCCCCGCGGACGGGGCGGCGAAGAAACUCUAUCCAAAGACAUUGGGAGCGCAGCGGGCGAGCAGGGAUCUCUCGAUGCAGUCAGUACCUUAAUCCCUUCCCUUAACGGCUGUAAAGGAAAGAUAAAAGUUCAAAAAGGAUCUGUAGGCUCUAACGUCACCCUAUUGGUCAGGAAGCGAGUGGAACCACACAAAGAACAGCAACUACAGCCGACUUCUCUCAGUGGCAGCAGUCGACCGGUGGUUGCAUUGCGUAAACAAAGUGGUGACGUUGUUUCCGUUCCCCAAGCAUUGAGGGCUAGGGUCGGUGAUACAGAUGGGCCCUCACCUUGUGGGACUUCCUCAAACCCUCAGUUCGAUAAGGGAUGCCCACCGCGUCACAAAUGUGAUCAGAGGCUUGCAUUUAGGUCGGGCAUCCCCGUCGCAGUCCCGUCGAUUACGGAGCUCACUGGGAAGAGCCUCAAGACCAAACACGAAUAUGUGAAAGAGGGUCAUUCUCGUGGAAAUGGAUCGGAAGGUGUCGGAAAGGCCUAUGAAACGCCUACGGACUUUAUCAAGCGAUGCCAUACUUCCCCAACCUUACAUCAACAAGACAGCCUGACGAACUCGGGGAUCUCCACCUCCUUAAGUUCGCCACUGGGGGGUUCGAUGGAGUACUCCGAGCACUGCGCGUCCGGCACCCAAGUCGAGCCAGCUGUUGAGAUACUUAAAGCACAGGCUUGCAGCAAGACAGGCACACAUCAACACAGCGCGACCGUUGUGGAGGCCCGAGAGGCAGGCUCCAAAUUUCGUAAUCGCACAAUGAGCCUUUGCAUGAUGUCGUCAUCGAUGUUUAUGACAGAGAUUACAAAAGAUCUGGCCUACACUCCUCGCACACGUAGUGCGAUUCAGCUGAAAGCUCUGUGCGGUGCCCCUAUCUCCCCGAAGUGCGGCACGGUGAACCCAAUCACGAAGGAGCAGGCUGUGAUGUCUGCAUGCAGCAAGGGAGACACCCAAGAGAGUCAAAAUUGCGCCGAAGAAAUGUUCAAUAGCGAUAUGUCAAGUAAGAUGUGCACAGAAGGGGGCAACAGUGUGGUGGCUGCGCGAAGAACGAGCUGUGCUCCAAGCUCGUUGCUUCUUUCAAGGCGGUCUACAAUGUCAAAGGGGGGAACAACCUUUCACCAAACCCUGACCAAGGUCUCUGAGUACGAGAAUUCUCAAAUACAGCCUAACCUGGAGUCUUCAAAGCGAUAUUUUGCUCAGAAGGACAACGCCUUUAAUUAUCAGCAUACCAUAUACGCCAAUAAGAAAAUACGCGAUAAUGUUACGAGUCUCGUAGCACCGGUUAGCAACGGGACGUGCUAA